AUGCCACCUAAAAGAAAUAUAAAAUCAAAUAAUAUACCCAAUAGAAGAUCAAAAUCAACAUCAACAUCAUCAAAUUCAUUUUCAUCAACAGAUUUAGACGUGUCAUAUUUUACAAAAGAUACUAUAAAUGAUACAAAUAUUAAUAAUAUAAUAGAUAUAAUAAAUGAAAAUGUUCAUACAAAAGCUGAUACAAUUUUAACAAAAUAUAGAGAUAUAAAUGAUCAACUACGAGAAAAUGAUCAUUUAUUAAUUCAACAAUUACAAGAAGAAAAUGAAAAAUUAAAAGAAAAAAUUGAAGAUUUAGGUUAUAUAAAUGAAUAUAAAUCACCAAUUAAAAAAUAUAUAAUAAAAGAUUCAGAUUUUGAAAAAGAAAGAGAAAAUAUAAGUUUUUCAUUUGAUCUUUUAGAACUUAUGACUGGAGUUAAAAUUAUAAAUUAUGAAGAAAAUAAUAAUGAAAUUCAAUGUGAUAUAAUACAAAGUAGUAAUGAUAAAAGUAUAUGGAUUGAAUAUCAAUUAAUUAUAAACAAACUAGAUACAAAACAAAUUAAUUAUAUUCCUAAAUUUUUACAUGAUGAUCAAGAACAACAACAAAAUGAAACAAAUAAAUUGAAUUUAAAAAAAUUGAAUAAAAUUUUACCAGAUUAUUUAAUGGAAUAUUUAUCAUUUCCUGGUGAAUCAUUAGCACAAUUUUAUAAUAAAGUGAAUAAAGCUUUAAAUCAAAAGUAUUAA